CUUGUCUCGGUUCCUCCCCAGUGGGUAAAAUGGCGAAGGGGAAGCAAAACCCCGGUGGUAUCUUCGACUAGCAAAAGCACCAGAACAAACAAAGCCUUACAGUGAGUGGCCCAAGUGUCCCUGCACUCGCCUUGAAAUGUGCCUACUUCUUCCCGCUGCUCCCUUUUUUGGUUACUUGCGAUCACGUAGGUUUGCAAAAAGCAGUCACAUAAAAAUAACCUUUUCAAUAGUCACCAACGCAAUGUGAUCACUAGGCCACCCCGACUCUUGAUUUUUUUUUAUUAUAACAAUAAAACACGUGGUUUUCAUUUUUUGUUUUUAUUUAUUUUGUUUGGUGUGUUAUUUUUUUUUUUUGUCCGGUCCCAAACGCCGCAGAGCAGCCCGCAGCCGCCCGACACCGUACCGUUGGCGACUCGGGUCGAUCCAUCAUGGCUGCGGCCGCUUACCCUGCUUUUCAGUGCCUGCGCCUUGUGGCUGCCCUGUUUAUAUAGAGCCAUUGCCGCUCUCUAAUAUAGACUCUGCCAGGAUGGGAAGGUGCUUUUCAGGCCUACGUCACCGCCUCUCCAUUUAAACACCAGAUCCGGCUUUAAAUAGUGAGAGCUGCCGAGCGCGGGGCUGGGAGGUGCGUGCUCCCGAGGCGAGAGGCGCCGGCGUGCGGAGCUCAAUUUAUUUCUAGGUUCCUUUCACGCCGAAAUUUCGCUUCCGAGCCGGGAGGCUGCUUUCGCAGAUCCGAGUGUGGUUUACUGUAACAGCUAGGCCUAAAUUGUAUAGAUCUGUGAUUGAAGAUGUUAUUAAUGAUGUCCGAGACAUCUUUCUGGAUGAUGGAGUGGAUGAACAAGUCCUGAUGGAACUAAAAACUUUGUGGGAGAAUAAAUUAAUGCAGUCUAGGGCAGUAGAUGGAUUUCAUUCAGAAGAGCAGCAGCUUUUGUUGCAAGUUCAGCAGCAACACCAACCCCAACAGCAGCAGCAUCACCACCACCACCACCACCAGCAAGCGCAACCUCAGCAAACGGUACCUCAGCAAGCACAGACCCAACAGGUCCUUAUACCUGCAUCACAGCAAGCUACAGCACCACAAGUUAUUGUUCCUGAUUCUAAGUUAAUACAGCAUAUGAAUGCGUCAAGUAUUACGAGUGCUGCUGCUACAGCUGCUACCUUGGCACUUCCUGCAGGUGUGACUCCUGUUCAACAGAUAUUAACAAAUUCAGGCCAACUUCUUCAGGUGGUCCGAGCAGCCAAUGGUGCCCAGUAUAUCUUUCAACCUCAGCAAUCAGUUGUUCUACAACAACAAGUUAUACCACAGAUGCAGCCUGGUGGAGUACAAGCUCCUGUUAUCCAGCAGGUCCUAGCCCCACUUCCUGGAGGGAUUUCACCACAGACCGGUGUCAUCAUCCAGCCACAGCAAAUCUUAUUUGCAGGAAAUAAGACUCAGGUCAUCCCUACUACAGUGGCAGCACCCACACCAGCACAAGCACAGAUACCUGCAGCUGGCCAGCAGCAGCCACAGGCCCAGCCUGCUCAGCAGCAAGCUCCAUUGGUGCUGCAAGUUGAUGGAACGGGAGAUACAUCAUCUGAGGAAGAUGAAGAUGAGGAAGAAGACUAUGAUGACGAGGAGGAGGAAGAUAAAGAGAAAGAUGGAGCUGAAGAUGGGCAGGUGGAAGAAGAACCCCUCAACAGUGAGGAUGAUGUAAGUGACGAGGAAGGGCAGGAACUCUUUGACACAGAAAACGUUGUUGUAUGCCAAUAUGAUAAGAUACACAGAAGUAAAAAUAAAUGGAAGUUUCAUCUCAAGGAUGGCAUUAUGAAUCUUAAUGGAAGAGAUUAUAUAUUUUCCAAAGCAAUUGGAGAUGCAGAGUGGUGAAGAGUUGCUUCUUUCCUUUUAUAAGUAAGACAAAAGAAACUUAAAAAGUUAAAAUGGACGGUUUGAAACUUGGAACAUAUAUCAACCAAAACUUCACUUCUGCAUGUCAGAAAGCUCAGUAGAAGCAAAGCUCCUGGAACAAAGCGACCGUGACAACACAGACACUACUAACUGGCAAGCCAUGGAACUGUAGCACCUGGGGUUGUUGGGCGGGCGGGUGGGGGAGGGGUUUGUGUAGGAAACUGUAACUGUCCAUUUUAAAUACAGGAACCUGCCAUUGGUAAUUAGCAUGUAAAGCUUUGUCUAUAUUCCUUUCUCCAAGUUGGGCUGUCAGAAGAUACUUGUUGGAAUGACCUGAAGAAAUUUCCCUUUUGAUAGAUUGAACUGAAACUGCUUAUUGUAUGUGGUUAUAUUUGGUACAAAUUGCUUGUGAGCUUUUUACAGAAGGGCAAGAAUUAUGGUGUUGAAUUUUAAUUCACUUGUAUAAGAAAAUUUAAAACUCAUAAUAGAUCUUAAACACUUUUACUUGUUAUUCUCCCUCAGUAAUACAUACCUCUUGCUUCCCUGCUGUAUGAAACAUCUACUUUAGAUUUAAAGAAAGGAUCAGUGGUCACAGUUUGGAGACAAAGUUGACCCAAGAAUGGAUGCUUGUUUUAAUUAGGUUUCGUACUUGUUAAAUGUAACUUAAAGACUUGGGUCUUACCUGUGUUGAGUAGAAUUAAAAUGACAGCUUAAUUUCCAUAUAGAAAAACUGCACUCAGUCCCAUACUUCAAGAAGAAACCCCAAAUUGGCUCUUCAGGAAUAUGUUUUUAUUCACAAAGGUACCACCGAGCUGAAAUUGUACAGUACUCUUGCUGUGUGAAGGUUUUUCUUGUGGGGCUACAGUGUGUGCUUAGCUGUGCAUUUAGUCUUUAUGUAACACUGAGGUGGCAUUCUGUACAUUGAUCGAAGAGGCAUAAGGGCAGGUGGUGAGGACUGGAUUUUUAUUAAACAAUUUAGUAAUUAUAAAAGUUUCUUGUGUUUACUAGUAAAGAAUUUUAGAAAUUAUUAUUUCAAUUGAACAAAUUUUUUAAAAACUUUGUAAUUUGAGGGGAAAGUUUGGGGGUGGAGGGGGUAGAGGGAGGUGGGCCACUAAAUACAAAUUUACCUCUCUUUCAUUGGGUAGCCCUUCCAGGCCAUUGAUGAUCUAGACUUGGGCUCCAGUUUGCACAUGGGAAAGAAAGUAUAGAGCUUUGACUUGUAGAUGAAGAACUCUAGACAUUGACUGUGUGUGAUGAUGUAGCUCUGGUUCGUGCCUGUAAGGGGCUCUCCCCAGUGUGGCGCUACAGUGAGUCAGCCUCCUAGGAACUGCGGGGAUGCUCGCUCACCUUUAUCGCCGUCCUAGUGACUAACAAAAUUUACAUUCAAGUUCGCUUGCCUGUUGGUUUUUUUUGUCUUCCACUUUUGUCUUCCUUUAAUUUGACUUUAUGUAGUUCCAGAAGUAACAGAUAAACUAAAGUAUAUUACAAAAGGAAAACUGUGAGUUAUAUAGUGCUUUUUUAAGCACGUAUUUUUAAAUUUCUUAAUGCAAUUGAUUCCCCUCCCCACUUACCACCCCACUGAGCCAACUUAUGUUGUGGCACUUGGUAUAAGUGGUGGUGUCUUAACGUAAUAGUAGUUAGAUAAUACAGUUUCUUGUUUUAUUAUUAAUGUAGCCUUUGGGGGGAAGUUUGUUUAUUCUCCUAUUCUCAAAGCACACGCAGUUCUGUUUAAUUAUAACACUUGGAGAACGGAGGGAGUAAAGUCCCAUGGGUUCUGUUGUUAAGUUGUCCCUUGGUAUAGUCUCUGGAAGGUUGUGUUUACUCAGUGAAGCCAGUGACCUGAACUACCUAUGGCAGUGCAGCGGUGUUGCUUCAGUGAAACUCGGGGGCUAAUCAGUAGUUGUCAGGCUACGGAAACUUGGCUUCCUGUAUGAUAAUUCAGCACACGUCCUGGGCCCUCUUCGUAGUCAAACUUACUGAAGGUUAGCAUUGUACGCCGGCCUGUUUUUUCAAACACGAGAGUGACAGCAGAGGACUGUUUUGAAGCAGGAAGUAACCAUUUGUAUUUGUACCUGUAUGUUGCCUACUAAUGAUGGCCUCCUGGAUGAGUGCUUUUCUCUGUGAAAACUCUGGAAGCUGGUUCAAACAACCCCGCUCACCAGAUUGUGCUCUUAUAUGCUGGUAUAUUGUGUUCCUUUUUAAAUCAAGUAGCAUGUUGUAUUUUUUAUUAUACUAGCUUUUGCUAUGUAAAUGUCACUUGCUUUGAAUUCCUAAUCAUGCUUUUGCCAUUACAUUUACCAGAUGAUGACAUUAGGGCCUAUUAAAAUGUCAUUCCUUUGGAAAGGCAAGGGAUUCCCACUUGCAGAAUCUUAAGAUGAAAGUAGCUUGUUUAUCCAAAAGGUAGAAAUAGUUCCGACUUGGAAAUACUGAAGUCUUCAGCAGUGUUUUCAGAAGGUGAUCUGUUGAGAUUUGUACCAGUAGUGAUGGCACCUCUUAUAUACCAUGAUACCAAUAGUGCUAACGUCAGUUGACGCUGAAUGACUGACUAAAGCAGAAAUGUGUGCCUUUCAGUCUACGAACUCUUGCCUGGUGGUCAUUUGCAGUCUCAGACCACUGGAAUGCCCGGGAGCACAUGUGGUUUCUUAGAGUAACACAGCUUUGUCACGUGCAGUUUCUAGAGUCAAACACGACAAGAGGGGAUCUUUAUAUUGGGCUUUUAUAUCUGCAAUGUUCACAUUUCUGUUAAAUACACAUCCUAUUACACUGUUGCCUUUUUAAAAAGUCACGCUGGCAUCAUGACUCAUGCAGCGUGUGCAGUGAUUGAAAUGUGUUCUUGACAAGCAUACUAGAUUCUGGCUUUAGAAAACAAUGUAAAAUAUACUAGUUUUUAUAGAAAGGCUUUCUUUUGUUGUAUUGAAAAUCAAGGAAUUUUCUUUUGGUGGCUUGUAUGGACGAAUGCAGAGUUGUCUCCCUCUGAGAAUAUUUUUUUUUAUUUUCUUAUAGCAAUAAUGUCACCAUAUUAGAGGGUAAGUAUUCCUUGUAUAAGAAAACAAACAUAUCUCCUCUUAGCAACUUGCCCUUUAUAACAGCAUUUUCCUCCACUUGAGAAAGUUCUUAUAUUUUCUGAUUACUUCAUCUUGAACUUUGGAGCUUUUGUGCAAUGUGCUAUUUUAUUGAUCUUUGUACAUUUUCGUUUCAUGUUUCCUGCCUACCUGUCUGAAUCAGCUACAGCAGACACCGAUGUUUUGGUUUAAAAAAUGGUUGUUUUGUGUGUUUUCUCAUGUGUUUCUCCUUAGGUUUGGAUUUUAAUCUGUUAGCCCUAUGGAAAUUAUUCUGGUUUAUAUUCUUCCACCUGGAAGCCUGCCUUUUGUCUUUCUCUUUAAUCUUUCUUGCAUGCAUGAUUUAAGGAAGAAUCAUCAAAUUUAACCUUUUUGCUUAUUUUGAGGAACAAAAGCUUCCUCCCUUUUGAGGGGAGAACAAAACAACAUUGAAUAAAUAACUCCUCAUUCAGUCAAGCUUCCUUAAAUCAGUCCGGUAUGCAUCGGGUUGGGGAGGGGCUAAUCCCUAGCUCUUCGGAGCUACUAUUGUCGACUGCUGUUGUACAUACUGUUAUGUGUAAGGGCGUAAAUAUAUUUAUUAUGUUUGUAAAAUUCAUUCUGUACACUUGCAGAUCAAGGUUGCUCUUCUGUGAUAUAUGGGGUGUUAGGUUUUAAAGACCAUCUUGGAAUACAAUUAAAGAGCUUAGUAUUUUGAUGUAUACUAAGACCUAUUUUAAGUUUAAUAUUUUACCUUGCAAAAACUUUAAUUAAAGAUGUUAUUUAAAAAAAGUAAUGUUGCUUGCUUUGCUUACUAGUCUAUGACAUUGGCAUAUGGACAACUGAAUAAAACCAUACAGUUUAGACAGGAAAAGUUCAAUAAAAAUAGGGAUAUUGUUAAAUUCUGUACCCUUAGUUAAAUUCUGUACCUUUAAGGUAGUGGGUUUGGGAUGCCAGACUGAAUUGUUAAACUGUCUUAGAAAUCUUAAGUGCGUUUAAAAGUUGUAUUUCCCAGGCACAGAGACAUUUAGGAUGGGUAAAUUCAAACCAACUAAAUGUAAAUUAAGGUUAAUAUACCUAAUGUUGUAUUGAAUGAGUAUUUCUUCUCAAAAGCUUAGAUUACAUAGAAUGAAGUUACUAAGAACAUCAUUUCAUUUCUUUGUCUGGCUAAACUGUUUUCUCUCAGUUCAGAGUUUGUAAAUAAUUGCUUAUUAGGAGAUUUGGAUUAUUGAGGUUUGUAUUACAUAUUGAAUAUAUUUUGUGUUACUUUAGAAGAUAUUAAAUUACUAGCAGUAUUUUGAUUUUAUAGUUAAUUCAAAUGAAUCAUUAAGAGCUUGCCUUUUUGUAAUUUUUUAUCCUGUUAUAAACUACUUUAUCUAAGGAAACAUGCAGAUUUUAACUAUUAAAUAAUCAUAAUAAAGAUAUUUUAUUUAUUGCCAGCA